UCUCUCUCUCUCUACGGCCCUCAUAACGCUCCAAGUUUGUGCGGACCAAUAACCUUCUAGAACGCUAUUAAAUCGUAUGAUAAACCCCGCGCAUCGCCGGGGAUAUAAAACGGCGAGGAAAAGGUCGCGCCGGUGCACAAUAAGUAAACCCCUUGCGCCAGUGAAUUUUUGCUGACGCGACUCGACGCUGCGCCGUGCGCGUCCCUGAUGCAGCUGUUGCCGGACCGAUGUGCGACAUUGCACCGACACGCUCUUUUGGAAGUAAAUCCCGCCGGCCGAACUCUCUCCGACAGGUUUCCGGCAUCCAGAGGACCGUGCAUGUACUGCACAAUUCGGAGCAGCCCGCCUCGGUGUUCGCGAUCCUCGAGUCCGGCAACAAGAUAGUACCGUUGAUAGCGGACGGCCUGUUCGACCUGCUGAUGCUGAAGAUGCCGUCCAUCUACAGCAGCAAGAAGCAGACGAAGAUUGAAUCGAAGGGGCCGCGCUUCGAGCUCGGCGACUUUUGCGUGAAACUCGGCAGCGUGACGAUGAGCCAGAACUUCAAAGGCGUCCUGGUGGAGGUCGAGUACAGACCGUGCAUGGUACCGGCGAGCGCGUGGGAAUUGAUACGCGAGUUCCUGCAGGGAUUCCUGGGCUCGGUCGUGUCGAGUCAGAUGCCCCAGUAUCUCCAGAGCCGAAUGAACGAUAUUUAUCAGCCGCUCGACACGAUACACCAAUAUCUGGAGCACUUCGGUCAGUACAGGAAGGCCACAGGAGUGAUUUAAACGGGCAGCCGCGCGACAACGACAACGGUGUGACGACAUUGGGGAUUUAUUUGAUCGCGACAUCUACGGCAAAAUCGAUCCGAGGCGCGAGACCAGCCCCGAGGAGACAGCCGAUUGGCCGAGUGCGUCUCGGUAUCUGUGUUACAUCAGAGUGUAGCUCUGUGAUAUCGUUAGCCUUCGGCGCGCAGCGGCUCGCUCGUUUAAUUCCGCCGCCGAUGGAAUUUGCUUGUUCCUCGCGGAAAAAUAUCCAAGUUGUAAUCCGCGUGCGAAAUCCGAAAACCCGCUGCCGGUCGAUCCGAAAAGAGACACCUUCCCGACGAAUUCACCAUGGUUCUACAGCGUGACGUGAUUGAUGUCUUUUCACAGUCACGCGCUUUGGAAGCAUUUAUUUUUGUAGUUCUUGAACGCAAUUUUUUUUUUUUUUUUUUUUUUUUUUUUUUUUCUUAAUGGGAAUUCAGGAUGAUCCAUCAUGAGGAAAACAAGAGCUUCGAUUGCGCACGAGAUCUCGACAUUUCCGCGACACCUUCCUCAGAGUUACGUGUCUUGAAUGUAACUUUUUCUUUUUUUUUUUUUCUUUUUAUACGCGUUUUAUCUCGGAGCGGCCUUUUGCCGACAAUACCGGCAGGUAACAUACGAUACAACGUAUUGUCCGAGAAAAAGAAACGUAUUAUCGAGGAAACCCGAUGGCGGCUAUUCGAACGACCGUGCGUAAUCGAUAAUGAACCGUCAUUGUGGGUCGCCGUCAUUACUUAUUAUUUGUAACGCGCUGCCUCUCGCUGGUUAUUCGUCGUAAGUUCCGUGGUGUAACUGCGUUUAUAAUAGGACGAGUUUUUGCCGAUAGAAGUAAACGCAACGGAGGAGUCCCUUUCGCUCGCCGGGUGAUUGAGUAUUCUCCGACAUGUAGUCGAUGCACCGUCAUCUUCCGCGAUUGUGUAUACUCGUGUGCACGCGCGCUUGCAUGAUUCGUGUAUCAUCAACUUGAAGGUGAUUUAAAUUAUUUAAAAAACUAGCUGUACAAGGUAGUUAUAAGAUUACCUUAUAUAACGAAUCCACUCAUAUUUUAGCGAUAGAUAUCGACAAAACAGUUACUUCUACAUAAGUGCUACUUGUACAUAUUACCCAGAAAUAAAGAUUAGUUUGUAAAGCUAGUAAUGUUGAAU